AUAAACAUCACCCCAUCCCUUAAGUUCUUCACACCAAACCACAAAACCAAUUCCUCAUCUCCUCUUCCAGAAUACUUCAAAAACUUUUGUUCAACAUCUCACUUGCUAAUAUCCAAUUUCAAUCAUAUAUUAUGGCCAGUGUUAGUGUUCCCUCCAAAAUCACCCUGCAAUUCCUUCUCCUAGCAAUGUCUCUCAAUCUUGUUUUUGCGGGAAGAGUUCUCCAGGAACAAGAAACUAUGCUUUUUCAGUAUCACAAAGGUCCUCUACUCAUGGGAAAGAUUACCAUUAAUCUAAUUUGGUAUGGAAAUUUCAGGCCAUCCCAAAGAGCUAUUGUAUCUGAUUUCAUUACCGCGCUGUCAUCUCCACGGUCUCAAGUCCAGCCCUCAGUGGCAACCUGGUUUAGUUCCACGCAGAAAUACUACAACCUGAUCAAGGCCACGAAUUCAGUCAAGCUCGUAGCUGGCAGCCAAAUUCUGGAUGAACAAUACUCUCUAGGCAAAUCCCUCAAAAUGCAGCAGAUCGAACAACUGGCAGCAAAGGGUGAUCAAUUGAACGCCAUCAAUGUUGUCUUGACUUCAUCAGAUGUAGCAGUUGAAGGGUUUUGUACAAGCAAAUGUGGGACUCAUGGUUCUCUACAUUCAAAAAGCACUGUUGCAAAGGGCAGCAACAAUCAAAAGUUUGCUUAUAUUUGGGUUGGGAACUCAGAAACUCAGUGCCCGGGUCAAUGUGCCUGGCCAUUCCACCAGCCCCUCUAUGGACCACAAAGCCCACCAUUGGUUGCACCAAACAAUGACGUGGGUAUGGAUGGAAUGGUGAUCAACCUGGCUAGCCUUUUGGCCGGGACGGUCACCAACCCUUUUGGAAAUGGCUACUAUCAAGGACCAGCAACUGCACCUCUUGAGGCUGCAUCAGCCUGUCCUGGAAUUUAUGCUAAAGGGGCCUAUCCGGGCUAUGCUGGGAACUUGCUCGUGGAUUCUGCAACUGGUGCCAGCUACAACGCAAAUGGUGUAAAUAGCAGGAAAUACCUGCUUCCUGCCCUUUAUGAUCCUACUAGCAAUUCGUGUUCCACUUUGGUUUAAGAAUUCGUGGUAGUUCAGUAAUCUCGUAAGUAUAUACAAUUUGGCUAGUGAGGACAGAAAAUGGAAUGUACAUGCGUAUAUGAUGGUAUUUCAUUCAUUGAUUUGAGAUUAUGCAGUUAAUAAUUAUACUAUUAUGAGAGUUUCGUUUGCAUA